CGCCUUCUGGUCUGUCACGAUAUGGCCAAUGGCUAUCAUUCAGAUGCCUUUCCUCAGGGAUGUGGAGAUGACAAUGCCUACUACUUGACCCACUGGCACGUCAUUGAUGCCUUCAUAUAUUUUAGUCACCAUUUCGUGACGAUCCCCUGCCCUACAUGGAUCAACUCUGCUCACAGGCAUGGCGUACAGGUCCUUGGUACAUUCAUUACAGAAUGGAAGGAGGGAGCAGAGAAAUGCAGACAGCUCUUUGCCAGCAGCGAUUCAGCCGAGCAGACAGCACACCAGCUGGCCGCAAUUGCAGCCUUCUUCAGAUUUGAAGGCUGGCUGAUCAACAUCGAAUGUGACCUGGAGGCCAGCCUCAUACCAAACCUUCUCCAUUUUCUCAGGCUGCUGACGCAGCUGAUGCGUCAGCAGUGUCCCAGAAGCCAGGUCAUCUGGUAUGAUGCCGUGACCACUGAGGGGAAGCUGAUUUGGCAGAACACACUGAAUGACCUCAACCGGCCCUUCCUGGAUGCCACGGAUGCCAUCUUCAUCAAUUAUUCUUGGAAGGCAGGGACUCCACUGGAGGCAGCGGCAGCAGCAGGGGAAAGAAAGCAGGAUGUGUACAUGGGUAUUGAUGUAUUCGGAAGGGGCACUUUUGGAGGCGGUCAGCUCAAUUGCAACGUGGCAGCAGCCGCCGCACGGCAGCAAGGAUUGGGAGUGGCGUUGUUUGCACCUGGCUGGGUUUAUGAGGGCAACACCGGGGACUGGCGGCUGUUGGCUGAGCAGCUAUGGUCCAGCCUGGCAGCUGUCUUGGGCCCUCCACGUGCCCUCAUCGCAGAGCUCCCAUUCGUGACCAGCUUCUGCCCUGGCUUGGGCCCUGCUGUCUACCGCUCGGUACAUUCCUGCAGCCAUGAUCAAAGCAGCAUUAAGAUCACUCUCAGUUUUUGA